AUGUCGGACAUUCAGAAGCCCGUCGAGGAGACCACCGCGGCCGUGCCCGUGGCCGCUCCCGCUCCCGCUACUGUUGAGCCUGUCGUCGAAGCGACCCCGGCAACGGAGCCCGUUGUUGAGGCGCCCAAGGAGGAAGUGAACGAGGCUGCCGUCACAGAACCUACUGCGGUUCCCGAGGCCACCGAAGCCACUGAGGCCACCGAGGACGUGAAGGAGGAGGUUAAGCCUGCUACCGAGGGUACUCUCGGCCACAAGGCGCCUGGCCUUGUCAAGAGCCUGCGUUUUGCCAAGCGUUUCUUCUACUUCAACGAUGAGCCCGUGGAGGCUAAGCAGCUCGCCACCUUCCACCAGAACGAGAAGGCUGCCGUUGCCAACCCCAUCGCUGCUUGGGCUAGCCAGACCGGCAAGGGUCUGCUCUUCAUCACCAAGCGCGCUGAGGACAAGGCCCACCCUAGUAGCAUCAUCAACUUGGCCGAUGUCUCCGACGUGACCAAGGAGGGCUCCAACGAGUUCCAGUUCAAGGUUGCCGGCCAGAAGCACACCUUCCAGGCUUCCAACACCGCCGAGCGCGACAGCUGGGUUGUCGCCAUCGAGAACAAGGCCACCGAGGCCAAGGCCGAGAAGGAGACCAUCACCACCAGCGAGGGCUACAAGGCUGAGCUCGAGAAGUUGACCAAGCCCGCCGCCGUCCCUGCUGCAGCAGCUGCAGCAGUUAAGAAGCCAGAGGAGUCCGCUGCUUCCAAGGAGACCGAGGAGGUCACCAAGGAGGAGAAGAAGGAGACUGCCAAGUCUCGCUCUCAGUCUCGCAAGCGCUCCAGCAUCUUCGGCUCUCUCCUUGGCAAGAAGGAGGAGACUGAGGAGAAGAAGGAAGAGCCCACUGAGGAGGUGAAGCCUGCCGUUGCGGCUGCUGAGCCCGCUGUUGUCGCUGCUCCUACUGCCCCCGUCGUCGAGCCUACCGCCGAGCCCGCCACCGAGGCCCCUGCUGCUCCUGAGGUCGCCCCCGUUGAGGCUGCCACCGAGGCCAGGCCCGUGGAGGAGCCCAAGGAGGAGAAGAAGGAAGAGAAAAAGGAGGAGAAGAAGGCCAAGCGCUCGUCCAUCUUUGGCAAGGUGUUCCAGAAGGUGACCAGCCCCUCUCACGAGAAGUCUGAGAAGGAGGCCGUUGCUCCCAUCGAGGAGACUCCCGUUGCUGCCACCGCGCCCCAGCUCGAGAACCCCGUUGAGGAGGCCGCUGUCAAGCCCAUCGAGCCCGAGUCUGUGACCGCUGCCGCCGACUCUGAGGCCACCAAGCCCGUUGAGGAGCCCAAGGAGUCCCCCGCCGCGGAGACUGUUACUCCCAAGGACAAACGCCGCACUUCCUUCUUCGGCAACUUUGGCAAGAAGGAGAAGAAGGCCGAGACCUCUGACAAUGAGGUCACCGAUGGCGAGACCAAGGCCAACCGCUCUAAGCUUGGUGGUCUCUUCCGCAAGCCCAGCAAGGCUGUCAAGCUUGACACCGAGGAGGCCCCGGCCACUGAGACCGAGGCCGAGGCCAAGCCCGUCGAGACCUCGGAGGUUGCUCCUGAGGUGCCCGCUCCCGCCACGGAGACCUCUGCUCUGGCUACCGAGCAGACCGUCGAGCCCGUCCAGACCACCGCUGAGGAGCCCAAGAACGUCAACGUUCCCGCCACCACGCCUGUCCAGGCCGCUGCUUAA